AUAUUUUUCCUUGUACACACUGCCACCGCACCAAUAAACAAUCAGAAUCCCACUUUGCGCUAUCUUGGUGCGUACUACGGAAUACACACUAACCGACUCACACUGUGUAUUAGGUUCCGUUUUCCGCUAAUCGCAAGGUUUUUCCAUGACUGCGCGACCAUUCUCCGUCACUCUUCCCAGAAAAUCCCCACACGCUCUCCUCUUCCUCCCCCCUUCGUCGCAUUCUCCGAUUCUUUCCCCCGUCGCGGAUAUUGACACGUUCGAGAGCGGGUUAGGGUUUCGAUAGGUUCGUGAUUUCGGUGGAGAAAGAGAGGGACGGAGAUAGAGAGUGAGAGAGAGAAAGUGUUUGUUAGGGUUUUUUGUUUGGCGUGUUUCUUGUUUUGGAGAUGGGGAGCGACGAUCGGGACGGCAACACGCUGAUCAAGGCGAAUUUCACCGCCGACGGAGCGGGGAGGCUGAAGGAGAGUGUGAUGGAGAAGCUCAAGGAAUUCAUGGGGGAUUAUACGGACGACACGCUUGUGGAUUAUGUUAUUGUGUUGUUGAGGAAUGGUAGGCGCAAAGAACAAGCAAGGAAUGAUUUGAAUGUUUUUCUGGGAGAAAACAGCUAUUCAUUUGUAUCCUGGCUCUGGGAUCAUCUGGAUAUGUAUUUAAAUUUGUAUGUACAACCUGAAGCAUUGCAGGAUGAAGCUCCUAAAAAAAAGCUUACAGCGGAGGUUCAAGCUGGAGAUGAUGAUUCUCAGCAUUUAAAUUCACAGUCAGAAAGAGGAAAAUCUAGUAAGUUAUCUAGAAGUCGGCAUAACAAAGAUUGGAAAGGAUUGAUGAAGGAAGAAGCUGAACCACCUUCCAUUCAAAGCUCUGUGGUUGACAAUGCUCAUUUGGAGCUUGAAGCUAAUCAUGGGCCAAGGUCCCUAUCUCCUAAGCCUCCAGUUCAGAGGAAAAGGGGCCGAGCUGAUGAACAACAGAGAAUGAAGCGGGAUGUUGUAUCACAAGUAAAUAUUGCUGCUCCACGGAGGCUGCUUCAAUUUGCAGUGCGAGAUGCAGUAGCGACUUCAAGGACAGCCAAUUCAGGCAUGUCAGUGGAGCCUUCCCUAAAACGUCUUCGUUCUGUAGUUUCUACAUCUGCUGGCGAUUCAUCUUUGCUUGAACGUCCACCGAGGAUGCAGCUUGCUUCCAGGGUGGCAAAUCCAAUGGCUACAGUGAUUAAGGCUGUCGCAGAAGCUGCCGAAGAUGUGAUAAAAUCCAAGCCCUCUGGAAGUGUAUUUGAUAGACUUGGUCGCAGUAUGGAUACAUUAGAUGAUAACACGCAACUUGAAGAUAGUUUCCAACAUCAGGAGCAACAUCAUUUAUUCCGUUCUCAAAAAACUGAGUACAAUGGGCAGUAUGCUGCAAAUAUGACUAUGAUGGGACAUGAAACUGGCUAUCCUUCUGAUUCUAAUUCAGACAAUGAAGGGUUUGAUGAUAUUAAUGUCAUGGAUCGUAGGGUGUCUGGAGCUUCUCAGAUCUGCCCCUCUGCUGGAAACAGGGGCAAUGAUUCACUGAUGGUGCAGUAUAGUGUAGCAAAAAAUGUCGAUGAUAGUUUGCGCCAAAAGCGAAAUCGCGAACAGGAGCAACUUUCCACUUCAUCCAACACAUCUCAUAAGAUAGUGAAUAUUUCUGUUAAUGUAAAUGCAUGGAAGCCACCACAACAUCAGGAACCACGAGAAGUUACAGAAUUAGAUGGUAAUAGAACUUUUUACAAUGAAAGAGAUCCCAGAUCUAGUACACGGCCAGUGAAGGAGAAUGCCAACACUCUAAAAGUUAGUAAUGGGAAUGCAAACCCUGCUCUUGAUGUUCAGAAAGAGUUUAGCAAGGCUCACUUAACCGCUUCUGGUUCUAAUGCUGCUGGCCGUCCAUCAGAAGAUGUUGAUUCCAGAACCAUUUUUGUUAGCAAUGUUCAUUUUGCUGCCACCAAAGAUGGCCUGUCUCGGCAUUUUAAUAGAUUUGGGGAAGUUUUAAAAGUGAUUAUAGUUACUGAUGCAGCAACUGGGCAGCCAAAAGGGGCAGCUUAUGUUGAGUUCAUGCGAAAAGAAGCAGCAGAUAAUGCAUUAUCUCUGGAUAACACUUCUUUCAUGUCAAGAAUUCUCAAGGUUAUUAAGAAAAGUGCUACAACUCAAGAAUCAGCUCCAGCUAUGGCAUGGCCACGCAUUGUUAGGGGUUCUCCAUUCCCUUCUGCUAGGUUUUCCAGACAUCCCUUUCCAAGAGGUAUUCCUGGUGCUUUUAGAGCCCGACCCCCAAUUAAACUGGGUGCCAGGAGCAUGCAGUGGAAGCGGGAUGCUCAGGGAUCUGACAGUAGUUCAUCUGUGAAUACUGGCAGUGUUACUGCUCCUGUAGCUCGUGGGUUCACCUACAUCAGAACAGAAUCUAAGCCAGAAGGCAGCUUGAGUACGACAUAGUUUAUUUCCUAAAAUGGUGUUAGACUGCAGUUGCAUCAGAUUGCUUUCAUCUCUGAUGGCGUAAAAAUUGGUAAACAAAAAAAAGUUAUGUAAGAGGAUGCCUGCCCUAAAUUUUGGAUUUUUUCAUAUGUACAUGGAGGAUAUUUUUAUAUCUAGGUGUCUGUCUAUGUAGGUAGUAGAUGACCUUUCUAAAAAGAAGGUAGAUGACGUUUAAUAAUGUUCAAUAUUUUUUGUCAUCGGUUGAAGUUACAGACAAGAGGAGGACAUUGAUUUUGUUGGAGUGCAGAUGAGAAGAAUGUAGUGGAAAUAUCUGGGAAUUAUAGAUACAUUUGAAGUGUGUGGGUUAGGUGGAGCUAGUUUUGGUUGCGGGAAAUCAUGUUUCUCUGCAUUUUUUUUGUGUCAAGUGUUACCUACGAAAGAUUAAAUAAAAAAAAAAACGGGGUAAAGGGGGGAGGUUGAGUUUCAUUAGACUGCGUAAUUAAUCUGCACUGUUCAGAAUUUCAGAAAAUUUAAUAUUUUAUUCUUUCUGUAAUUUUGCAGUU